GGGGAGGAGGCGCCAAGGUGCAGCCUGCGCGCCGCUCUGCGCCUCGGCGGGCUGCGUGCGUGUGUCCCUGUCCGCGCUGCCGAAACGGGCUCUUCGAGGGAUCGGCGUCACAUGACUCCGCCUGCCCCUCGCCAGCGCGCAGCUUUCCAGUCCCUCAGUUUGCCCUGCGCCGGGGGAGGGUCGAGCGGCACGGUGGUUCUGGGAGCGGAGAAAAGGUUCCGGUGGGCAAUUGUACAUCUGGAUUCCAGAAGCCGCGGCUCAUUGCCAGAUCCCGGAGUGUAGAUAUUUGCGGGGAGGGGAGAGCGAGAAGGAGCGAGGGAGCGAGCGCCAGAGAGAGGCAGCGCGCACGGACAGGGAGCUGCUGGGUGCCGCGCGGAGAAGAUGUAAGCGCGUGGGGUCUAGCUGGCCUCCGAGCACCAUGCAGAAGGGGAUCCGGCUGAACGAUGGCCACGUCGCGUCCCUAGGACUGCUAGCGCGCAAGGACGGCACGCGCAAAGGCUACCUGAGCAAGCGGAGUUCGGACAACACAAAAUGGCAAACCAAGUGGUUCGCGCUGCUGCAGAAUCUGCUCUUCUACUUCGAGAGCGACUCCAGCUCGAGGCCCUCAGGGCUCUACCUGCUGGAGGGCUGCGUCUGCGACCGCGCGCCCUCCCCCAAGCCUGCGCUCUCGGCCAAGGAGCCACUGGAGAAACAGCAUUAUUUCACGGUUAACUUCAGCCAUGAGAACCAGAAAGCCUUGGAGCUGAGGACAGAAGAUGCGAAGGAUUGUGACGAGUGGGUGGCAGCCAUCGCUCAUGCCAGCUACAGGACCCUGGCCACAGAGCAUGAAGCGCUGAUGCAGAAGUACCUGCACCUGCUGCAGAUCGUGGAGACGGAGAAGACUGUGGCCAAGCAGCUACGGCAGCAGAUCGAGGACGGGGAGAUCGAGAUCGAGAGGCUAAAGGCGGAGAUCGCAUCCCUGCUCAAGGACAAUGAGCGCAUCCAGUCCACCCAGACUGUCACGCCCAAUGACGAAGACAGUGACAUCAAGAAAAUUAAGAAGGUGCAGAGCUUCCUGCGGGGCUGGCUGUGCCGGCGCAAGUGGAAGACCAUCAUCCAGGACUACAUCCGGUCGCCCCACGCAGACAGCAUGCGAAAGAGGAACCAGGUGGUGUUCAGCAUGCUGGAGGCCGAGGCCGAAUACGUGCAGCAGCUGCACAUCCUUGUCAACAACUUCCUGCGCCCGCUGCGCAUGGCUGCCAGCUCCAAGAAGCCUCCCAUCACUCACGAUGAUGUCAGCAGCAUCUUCCUGAACAGCGAGACCAUCAUGUUUUUGCACCAGAUCUUUUACCAAGGCCUGAAGGCUCGCAUCUCCAGCUGGCCCACACUGGUCCUGGCCGACCUGUUCGACAUCCUGCUGCCCAUGCUCAACAUCUACCAGGAGUUCGUCCGUAACCACCAGUACAGCCUGCAGAUCCUGGCCCACUGCAAGCAGAACCGUGACUUCGACAAGCUGCUGAAACACUACGAGGCCAAGCCCGACUGCGAGGAGAGGACGCUGGAGACUUUCCUCACCUACCCCAUGUUCCAGAUUCCCAGGUAUAUCCUAACGCUGCACGAGCUCCUGGCCCACACGCCUCAUGAGCAUGUUGAGCGCAACAGCCUGGACUAUGCCAAGUCCAAACUGGAAGAGCUGUCCAGGAUAAUGCAUGAUGAAGUAAGUGAGACAGAGAACAUCCGGAAAAACCUAGCCAUCGAGCGCAUGAUCAUCGAAGGCUGUGAGAUCCUCCUGGACACCAGCCAGACCUUUGUGAGGCAAGGUUCCCUCAUCCAGGUGCCCAUGUCGGAAAAGGGCAAGAUCACCAGGGGGCGCCUGGGGUCUUUAUCCCUAAAGAAAGAGGGUGAGCGACAGUGCUUCCUGUUUUCUAAGCAUCUGAUUAUCUGUACCAGAGGCUCUGGUGGAAAACUUCACCUGACCAAGAAUGGAGUCAUAUCCCUCAUUGAUUGCACCUUAUUGGAGGACCCAGAAAGCACGGAGGAAGAAGCCAAAGGAUCCAACCAAGACAUAGAGCACUUGGAUUUUAAGAUCGGGGUGGAGCCAAAGGAUUCCCCGUCCUUCACAGUCAUCCUCGUGGCCUCAUCCAGACAGGAGAAGGCAGCAUGGACCAGUGACAUCAGCCAGUGUGUGGAUAAUAUCCGGUGCAAUGGGCUCAUGAUGAACGCGUUUGAGGAGAAUUCCAAGGUCACUGUGCCACAGAUGAUCAAGUCUGAUGCCUCCUUAUAUUGUGAUGACGUGGACAUUCGCUUCAGCAAAACCAUGAACUCCUGCAAAGUGCUUCAGAUCCGGUAUGCCAGUGUGGAGCGGCUGCUGGAGCGGCUGACGGACCUGCGCUUCCUGAGCAUCGACUUCCUCAACACCUUCCUGCACUCCUACCGUGUCUUCACCACUGCCGUCGUGGUCCUGGACAAGCUCAUCACCAUCUACAGGAAGCCCAUCAGCGCAAUCCCCGCCAGGUCGUUGGAGCUCUUGUUUGCCAGCGGCCAGAACAACAAGCUUCUGUACGGUGACCCCCCCAAGUCCCCACGUGCCACCCGCAAGUUCUCCUCGCCACCACCCCUGUCCAUCACCAAGACAUCAUCGCCUAGCCGCCGGCGGAAGCUCUCCCUGAAUAUCCCCAUCAUCACAGGCGGCAAGGCCCUGGACCUGGCUGCCCUCAGCUGCAAUUCCAAUGGCUAUACCAGCAUGUACUCAGCCAUGUCGCCCUUCAGCAAGGCCACGCUGGACACCAGCAAGCUCUAUGUGUCCAGCAGCUUCUCCAACAAGAUUCCAGAUGAGAGUGAUAUGACUACAGAGAAGCCCGAAGACCCCUCGGCUCUCAGCAAGCAGAGCUCAGAAGUCUCCGUGAGGGAAGAGUCAGAUAAUGAUCAAACCCAGAGUGAUGACGGUGAUACUGAGACAUCACCAACAAAAUCUCCAACAACGCCAAAAUCUGUCAAAAGCAAAAGUUCCUCAGGGUUUCCCCCCGACCAGAGGAACGGAGACAAGGAAUUUGUGAUCCGCAGAGCGGCCACCAAUCGCGUCCUGAACGUGCUCCGCCACUGGGUCUCCAAGCACUCUCAGGACUUCGAGACCAACGAUGAGCUCAAAUGCAAGGUCAUCAGCUUCCUGGAGGAGGUCAUGCAUGACCCGGAGCUCCUGACCCAGGAGCGGAAGGCUGCAGCCAACAUCAUCAGGACUCUGACCCAGGAGGACCCAGGUGACAACCAGAUCACGCUGGAGGAGAUCACGCAGAUGGCCGAAGGCGUGAAGGCUGAGCCCUUUGAAAACCACUCAGCCCUGGAGAUUGCAGAGCAGCUGACCCUGAUGGACCACCUCGUCUUCAAGAAGAUUCCUUAUGAGGAGUUCUUUGGACAAGGCUGGAUGAAACUGGAAAAGAAUGAGAGGACCCCUUACAUCAUGAAAACCACCAAGCAUUUCAAUGACAUCAGUAACUUGAUUGCUUCAGAAAUCGUCCGCAAUGAGGAUAUCAACGCGAGGGUGAGCGCCAUCGAGAAGUGGGUGGCCGUGGCUGACAUAUGCCGCUGCUUACACAACUACAAUGCUGUGCUGGAGAUCACCUCAUCCAUGAACCGAAGCGCAAUCUUCCGGCUGAAAAAGACGUGGCUCAAAGUCUCUAAGCAGACAAAAGCUUUGAUUGAUAAGCUCCAAAAGCUUGUGUCAUCAGAGGGCAGAUUUAAGAAUCUGAGAGAAGCUCUGAAAAAUUGUGAUCCACCCUGUGUCCCUUACCUGGGGAUGUACCUCACCGACCUGGCCUUCAUUGAAGAGGGGACACCCAAUUACACGGAGGACGGCCUGGUCAACUUCUCCAAGAUGAGAAUGAUAUCCCAUAUUAUCCGAGAGAUUCGCCAGUUUCAACAAACUGCCUACAAAAUAGAACACCAAGCAAAGGUAACCCAGUAUUUACUGGACCAAUCUUUUGUAAUGGACGAAGAAAGCCUCUACGAGUCUUCUCUCCGAAUAGAACCAAAACUCCCCACCUAAACCUGUACCCAGCCCAGACCCAGCCGCCCCAUGGACACACGCUGUAUGAUAUUGUACAUAUUCGUUUGGUUUCUUUGGAUUUUCCUCUUUAGGAUGUGCUUCUCCAAGAAUACAAAUCUGCUCUUGCUCUUAGACUCCUGUAGAGACGGAAUAUGAAUUUCCGCACCAUUUACGCCUUCACCCCCCAUCCCACCCCUCGUCUCCUGCCGUGCCUGUUUCUUUCAAACAACUGAAUCUUAGUCUGUCCUUCCUAGCCCCUCACUCUCCUCGGAAGGGAAAAUAGAACCUGUGCAUACACGACUCUUAGGCCCCAGUGCCGCUUCUGUCCUUCCCCAGCCCAGGGCCCUGGGUCGAGUCGGCCACCCCGGCAGCCUCCCAGCAUGUUCCAUGUAGUUGUUAUAACUGGGUGGGGAGGGAGGGGGACCAUACCCUGAAGCCCAGUCAUCAACAAGGCUCCCCGCUGAUGGUGAUGCCAAUUUCCAAAGCAGCUUUUUCAGCCAAAAUAGCAGGUCUCAAAACUCCCCAUCUCCCAGUCACCUGGAUGGAAGGGAGUCCUCUCCGCUGAGAACCAUGCCCCGUGACACCAGCACCACCAUCUCGUUCAGGCACUACAUCGCUCCUUGCUCUAGGAAUAACACCAGAUAGCAUGAAUAGCCAUCUCAAUAAAAGUGGACGAGGCCCUGGAACUUCCUGAGGAGAACCGAAUCACAACGCAACGUCGUGUCGAAGUCUGCUGACCGCCGCCCAGCGUUCACUGCAAGUUGGGAACACAAAAAAUGUCACUUUUCCUCCUUUAGCUUCCUAACGGUCACGACGAGCUUACAUUGAGAUGCUCCUCUAAGUCUGUAUGCCUUGUGAAAAUAGUACCACACGGUAGAAAUAAGAAACCAAUCACCAAGUGUUUUUAUUGCAUAUACUGUAGUCCUGUCUAAAUGCCUUCUAGCAGGAAUAUAGGACUGUAGUGCUUAUUCUGUGAAUAGUACCAUCUAUUUUUUACAUUGUACAGAAUAGAAAACACAGGCUCACUCUGAAGUGGCAGGCAUGCUCCACUACGACAAACAGACAACUUUUGCUGUAAGCAAUACCUAGUGGUAUGAGAAUUCUAUUUCAAGUCCUAAAAUAUUUCAACUUACAGCUUGUUUGGAAAAAAACAUUUCCAUUUUUGUAAAAAUAUAUGUUUCCUGAUUACCUCUUGCUAAUAAAUCUAUUCUAUCUCAGGGUGAACA